AUGGGCUGGAUCGCUGCAGGCGCCGGUACCCUGAUCGCCACCUGCCUCAUCUACACUUUCCUCACACGACAUGCCAAUGGCGAGCCCCAAGAACGAGGUGCCUCAACAUCAUUGGAGAAGAAGGAACAGCAGAAUGGAGAAAUAGUCUCAAAUGGCGCUGUCACAGAUCACUUGACAUCAGCAGCGACGACUCGGCAGAGUAGCCAUGGCAACGUGCCUGCCCCUCCGUCAAUUGUCGCGCCCGAUGAGGCACCUGUUCCUUCGAUCAGCACCUCUACCACUGCAGGAGACACACCUGCGUCUCCGCAAUUCGCAAUUCCUCACCACCACGCCUCAAACCUCCUACCAUGCGCCUCCACCUCGACCCUCGCUGCUGCCAGCCUGCGCGUGCCCGCUACUAAGGUCCUGAGCAAUACUCACAUGCAGCCCGCCUCCUCCACUCUCCCCAUCCCCACCACCCAAAAUACCAAAAAGUCCCGGCAAAUCACCCUGGCGCCUGGCUACUCCCCGCUCGACUGGGCCACCCUGACUAAAUCCCGUAACGCGCAAACUACCCUUCUCGGCCACGACUUUCAGCGCUUGUCUCCCAGUGGUGCCCUCAUGAAGAUCCCACCUUCUCUCCUGAAGCAGCAGACGGGUCGCAAAGGCAAGGAUGCGUGGACGAGCUACAAGGGUCGAGUGUAUAAUGUUACGCCGUACCUGAAUUUCCAUCCAGGUGGGAAAGCGGAGUUGUUGAGGGCGGCGGGCCGAGAGGGAGAGGCGCUAUUCAUGGAGGUGCAUCCGUGGGUAAACUGGGAGGGGAUGUUGGGGGAGUGUUGUGUGGGGAUUCUGGUUGGGGAGGGGGAGGGGAGUUUGCAGAAAGAGAAGGAGAUGGCAUUGCUGAGCAAGGAGCAUGGGCAGGGGGAAGUAGGGAAUGAGCUUGAUGAGAUGGAUUGA